AUGAGUGCAUAUGCAGCUUUGAAAGCAGAUGCUAUUAGUAGCAGAGGCUCUCCUCCUUCAGCUAUUGAUGCAGAUGAUAACAUUUUGCUGUAUGCCAAGAACUCAGACGACGACUGCAGUGAUGAGGAUGACGUCCCCCCACCAACAAUAGACGUCAAGCUCGAAUCGAGAGAAAGUGAGAGCAGCCGAACCACUCCGCUUUUGACAAAGCAGCAAAUAUUUCAGUCGGACUUUCUUCCGAGUGAAACGAACUUGCAAUUCGAAGGAAACAAUUCAGUUUUGGUAACACUUGAGCUUGGAGAUUUCAUAAUGGUUCGAGGGAUGUUCAAACUUCAAAUAUUGCAAGGAAGAGUGAAGAUCAAUAAUUGCUAUGAACUAGAUGCCAACAACGAUCAGAUGUAUACCUUCUUCACAAUUGAUACCAACGCUUUACCAAUCAUUUCCAAUGUUUCCUUUGGAACAAAUGACACAGAAGAGCCUGUCAAGAUCAGAUUGGUCAACUAUUACACGGGAUUCGAGAUAGCGAGUGACAAGCUGACAUUGUUAUCAUCCACCUCAGACAGUAACGCUAAAGAUGCGAUUUUUGCACGUUUCACUUUUGAGAUCGUUAUUCAAAGCGGAGUCCACCACGGCUUAUUUGUGGAUGAUUCUUGGGUCAAGUACUUUGCAUCUAAUGCUGCAAUAUCAUCAAAUAACUUGGUUGUCAUAGGAAAUAAAAAUGCAGGAAAAUCCACUUUCUGUAAGUCAUUGCUGGAUUUCUUACGCUUCCAGAAGAAACAAUUUGUGGUGGUUAUGGAUCUUGACCCAGGACAAUCCGACAAUUCUUCUCCUUACUGCAUGUCUUUGAGCAUCCAAACGUCACCCUAUAUAUGUACAAAUUCGGGCUUUAUUUUUGAUAAGCAUGAAGAGUACUAUGGCUUCAGCAGCCCAAUGGAUGCGCCGUCGAGGUAUCUUGAAAUCACGAGCAAGCUUUACAAUUCCUAUCUUCAGAAGUACAAGCAAAGAGGCAUACGACUAGUUGUCAAUACUCCCGGUUGGAUUAAAGGAUAUGGAAGGACGCUUUUGGAAAAGGUAACAUCCAUAGUCGGUCCUUGCGAUUUGGUCCUCUUGACAAGCAACAUGUCAAGUGAAGCAGACGAGAAUCUGAGUCUACUACAGAGCUUGCAUUACGCUGCAGCGACAUUACUUCCUGGAGUAUUCCAAGUGUCCUCAAACACACCCAGUCAAUUUAGAGCUGAUAGCAAGCUUUUGUAUUUCCAUCGCAAAGGAGAUGAUUUCUUUGAUUUCAGCCAUCACAUAUUAGCGCGGUCUCCGGAAAGAAUUAGCUACAGGGUUGGCAGUACAUCAAGUCCAGGAGUUUACGCCGUUUCACUUCUCAAUUUCAAAAUGGGUAGCAGUUUUGAUUUCAAGAACGUCCCGCUAUUACUUUCAUCACUAAUCUGGGGAGUAUACAGCACGGAUUCCUCAUGUGAUGAGAUAUUACUUAAAGACCACCAAAGCAAACUUUAUCCCAACUUGAUACAAUCGAAAGAUCUUCCACUAGCUCUUGGAACUAGUGGAUGUUUCUUGGGUUUGCUUAUUGUACACAGCAUCAACAUUCACGAGCAGUAUUUGAAUGUUUACACACCCCAAGAUGUUCUGAGGAAAAUGAAAAAAGCACUACAGUGUAAUUCCAAAAUUGUUCUUGUUCGCGGUGAGGGAAAUCUUCCACCCUCCGAACAGUUGUGCCCAGACCUUUUUCGAGGCGGGGCCUCGUCACAAUUACAACGCUCUGACGCUGUUUCGUCCAAG